AUGCCAUUCAGCUGGACCCUCAUCAUUGUCUCGUAUUACUUGCUCUUUUGUGAAACGAUCCAUCAUGUGUUUGCAGUGAGGAGUGCACGUGGUGGCUGCGUAUAUUCCUUCUUGCGGCCAAGUGGGUGCGAUUUGGGGAGGGGGAGGCGAGACACCAAGCUCGGGGCGUACGACUUCCGUACAAUCGAGCGUAAGUGGCAAGUCGUGUGGAAUGCGAAGAGGCUCCUGGAUAGGGACUUUGCGCGGUUCAACCGGCGUGCUCGGGAACGAAGCGAAGGUGAACGAAGCGCAGAUGAACGAAGCGAAGAUGAACGAAGCGAAGGUGAAGGACGAGAUGGUGGACUAGAGGGGGGCAAAUGUGAAGGCGACCCGGGAGGGAAACUAACCCAGCGCAAGUUCUACAUCCUGGACAUGUUCCCCUACCCCUCGGGUGAGGGUCUGCACAUGGGGCAUAUGCUCUGUUUCACCAUAACGGACGUGUUGACAAAAUUCAAGCGAAUGACCAACCACUGCGUGUUUCACCCCAUCGGAUGGGACAGCUUUGGGCUGCCAUGUGAUAGGAUGUCGAUGAAGCUAAAAGUAGACCCAAGAAAAAUUAUUCAAAAAAAUAUUUUUAAUUUUAAACAACAGCUACUAAGAAUGGGAUUCCUUUUCAACUGGGACCAUGAAAUUAAUACAUCAGAUGCAACAUUUUACAAGUGGACACAAUGGAUUGUCAUUCAAAUGUAUUUAAAAGGGUUGGGUUAUAAAAAGAAGUCUUAUGUAAAUUGGUCCAAGGAAAUUAAGUGUGUAAUUUCAAAUGAUGAAAUGAAGAAUGAAGCGAACGUGGAAGGAUUAAAAGUAAUAAAGAGGAAGCUGCUGCAGUGGUACCUUAGGAUUACCAAGUACGCCACAAGACUCAUUCACGAUCUGAAGGACAUCCAGUGGCCUGAAAAAAUUAAACGCAUGCAAAUUAAUUGGAUAGGAAAGAAAAGAGGGAUCCUCCUGAAGGCUAGGGUUAUACCUAUUCAUGAGUGGUCAAGUGGGGAACAGUUUAGUACUCCUCCGCAUUGUUUCACUCCACAUAUUCUUUACCAUAGCAUAUAUGCGAAUGAUGAGAUGACUCUCCUUUUUAAUUAUUUGUACCGUGAGGGGGUGGCGGGUUAUGGGUUCUUCGAUUCGUUUGUUAGAGUGCAGAGUGGGCAGUAUCCCAUGUUAGCGUCUGACAACCAACUGGAACGCCUCAUUUAUGACCAGGACGCUGUUGAAAAGGUGCUCAGGGUGAUGAAGCCAAGGGCACCUACGGUAAGGCUUCCAUCCAACGGGGGGGAGAAAAAAUAUCUUCUUCAAUUUGACUCGGAUGGGGAAGAGAACGAAGGGGAUACUUACGUAAAAAUAUUUCUACACGAAAAGGAGGCCAUCUUUGACGGGGACAAAUUAUUAAUCAGUGUGAAUCAUCCUGAUAUUCACCAGAUAGUAAAUGGGAACAACACUUUAUUAUCUUUUGUGAGUAGAGCAGUGAGGCAAAACGACACCGAGAGGUUAAAGGAUGAACGGAUCCUCUUCACAGGUUCUGUUAUUUACAAUCCCAUAAUAAGGUGUUACAUUCCUAUAUACCUUUGUACAUUUGUAUUAGAGAACAGUAGGAAGUUGCUCUUCGUUCAGAGGGGGAGGAGAGAUCAAGUCUGUGAAACGGCUAAGGGGGAAGAGAUGUUGCACAAUGUGUUAUCCUCAUCGAAGUAUAGCAAAAGGUACAGUGUGUACAGUCUGAAGGACUGGCUGUUUUCGAGGCAGAGGUACUGGGGCGAGCCCUUUCCUUUUCUCUUUCCCGUGAAAGGGACAACAGGGGGGGAUGUUCCCGCCGCGGGACAGCAGACACACUCUGUGAAUAGCCAAGCGGAGGAGGGGCCAAGUGUGGAGAAUACAACUGUGUGCAAUUCGCCCAUGAGAGAGAUCUAUAUAGACGACGUCCCUGUGCAUCUGCCAAAGUUUCACAAAGGAGUAUACGAAUUGGGUUCUAAUAGGUACAAUGAAGGAUCUCCUUCCGUCUUGUCCCGAUUUAAAAAGUGGGUUUUCCAAAGGAGAGGAAAUGUUUUGUAUAAGAGGGAGUGUGACAUAAUGCCCCAGUGGGCAGGGUCCAGCUGGUAUUUUUUAAGGUACCUGGAUUCAAAGAAUGCGAAUCGCAUUUUUAACAAGGAGAUGGUAGAUAUGUGGAUGCCUGUUGAUCUGUACGUUGGGGGCAGUGAGCAUGCUGUGUUGCAUCUUCUGUACGCGAGAUUUUUUCACAAAUUUUUGUACGACAUGAAGUUGGUUAGCCAUAAGGAGCCCUUUCAGAGGCUCUUCAACCAGGGCCUCCUCUUGAGUGCCACUUCGUUCUUUGCCUACACGACGUUGGACGGAAAGUUGGUUAGUUAUGCCACGGUGAGGGGUGAAGCGGGGGAGGGGAAUAAUAUCGAGCCGGAUGCGGUGAACAAGCAGGGCUCUGUCCAAGCGAGCAGCGAGAUGAGUAACCCUGGGGAAGUGACUCAGCCCCCCCCAUCCGGCCAGUCUCUCUUAUCGGAGCAGCCGACUCGCGGCACGGAAAAGGCGCUACAAAGAAUGGUGCCGAUCGCGGAGGGGAAGAAGUACAGAAAGUAUAAAAUUCCAGAGAAGCUGGUGGUGCAGAGGGAGGGAAAAUAUUUUCUUAAAGACGCUGCUCACGUAGAAGUACAUGCCAUUUAUGAAAAAAUGUCCAAGUCAAAAGGAAACACAGUGAACCCAAACGAUAUUGUGAAAAAGUAUGGGUCCGAUUGUCUGCGAUUGUACAUUUUAUUUUUAGGCCCUAUAGAUCAGAACAAAAAAUGGGACCUCAAGGGAAUAAAAGGGACCUUUAAAUUCUUAAUCAAUUUGUACAGCCUGUUUGUGAAGGAUGUAGAUGCUUCCCAUUCGGUUAAGGAGAAGAGACAAGAAGAGUGUAGCGCCACUACGGAGGUUGACUCGGGGGGGGUUGUUCAGACAUGUGGUGACGAUAAUACUGUUGAACCAACCAGCGAGGACAACAGUGAUCAUAUAAUUUGCAGCAAGUGUAGGAGGAAGAAAAAAAACAAGCAGAUGAUUCUUAAAUUUGAAAUGAUUAAAAAUGGGGGGAGCCAAUAUGAAGAAGGAAAAUUCAACCCAGAAAAGAGGAAGGAAGCCAUAAAACGAAAUAUUAGCUCGCUGUGGAGUCAAGACCAUUCGUACAAAGAGCUAUCAGAUCGAAUUGUAAAAAAAAAGGAACACGAAAUUGAAAGGGAGAAGAAAGAAAAGGCAAAUUUUUUUAUUAACAAAAUAAGUGGGUGUCUAAACAGCAUGAAGCUAAAUACAGCUGUUUCCUUUUUCAUGAUGUUUUUUAACGAAAUUAAAAAAUGGGACUACAUCCCUUUGAAGAUUUUUUUAAUUUUUGUUAAGUUGCUUUUUCCCUUCUGUCCUCACAUCUGUGAGGAGUUUUGGUUUUUCUAUUUAAAGAAAUACAGACCGGGGAGGAAGCAGAUUUGUUACUUCUGCAAUUCUAACUUGAUGUACUUUUCUCGUUGGCCCUCGUUGUUCCAGUUGGAGGCACCAAGGAUGGGCAAGCUUUCCAUCCGGGUGAAUAACCGCCACGUGACGUUUAUGGAAGUUGAGGGGGGAAGAAGUUCAGAGCGUUGUGGAAAUGCGGAAGGCCCCACAAAUGACGAAGCGCCGGAGCGAUCACAAAGCAUCAUUCGUGAAGCCACAAAUAGAAUAACGGAUCGGGUUGAAAAAGAGGAGAAAAGGGGCAAACGCCUUGUCAACGUUGUGUACAUUCCAAACAGAGUCGUAAAUUUUAUCUUCGAGUGA